CUGAAAAUUAACAUAAUUGUAUUUUUGAGGUUCUGAAGGUGGCUGUGGUGCAUUAUCCUCACUAACUGGCAAUCAGACUUCAGCUUUUACAUCACUGAAAGAUACAUCCCGAUUAAUUUGUACAGACCAAAUGAAGUGAAUCCUUUUGAUCCCGUGCUUCCUCUCAGCAGACAUGACUGACCUGUUUAUUCAAAUGAGAACCUUAAGCAGACGAUUAAAGUGUAAUAUGGCACUAAAGCGGAAUCUCAGCAUCCCACUCACACUAGCGCUCCGCCACAGCCUGCAGCUGCAUCGACGGUAAACAGAGCAAGGUAGCGCAUGGGCAGCCAGCAGGGAAUUAUUCCACAUCGCAUCACAUCCCUGAGCAUACAUGGCGCCCUCGCACACCGAGAUAUGAAUUUAGUGUGCAAGCGAACGAGGUAGUCGCGAUUUCCUCCCCUUUCUUUCUUUCUUUCUUUCUUUCUUCCUCCCGUUUUUUCUUGCAGCCAUCAUUCUCUGCGUCGGUGUGCAGCAGCGGAGAAGAUUCAGCGCACAUUGCUACAGUAGGUAUCAUCAUUUUUUCGGGAUCAAGACGAUGGAUGCGGGCUCCCCCGGAUCUAUUGCUGCAAACACAGCGUGCGGGCUCGAUUUUUUAUUCCAAACGCAUCCACAUCUUCCGUAUGUUCCUAUGUGUCUUUGAAAGGGAGGAGGGGGGAAAUGAGAAGAAAGCUUUAUUUUGACUCACGCCUGUCGCGAUGGAGGCAUCAUUAAGAAGACCUGUAAAUUCAAGAUCAAACACACUUCAUUCAGUCAUUAAGGAUCGUUAUUAUUCAGCCUAAGAGCAAAGAAGCAUCUUCUAGCUCCAACCUGCAAUUUGUUUUCCUAUGAGCACCGAAUCACAGAGGAGGUUAAUCCAAGCUUCGAUCCGAUGUAGGAGCUGUUCCCUCAAAUUCCCACAACCUCUACUCUUGCUUGGAUUUCAGCAUUCAGUAAAAUCCGCCAGGACAGAGUAUGCCAUCUGCACCUUUUCACAGAAUUCUGCGACCCCUUCUGCUUGGUACUUUUAUACUGGGAUGCUUUGUGACUCUGUUUUUGAUGUAUUUUAAACCAUCUACAAGCUGGCUAUCAGGUCCUGUAGAGUCAACAGUAUCCACAGACCGGGUCAAGAACCUCUUCUCCACCAAGAGCGAUAAAAACGUGACCACUGUGCUGAUCUGGCUCUGGCCCUUCGGACAAACGUACGACCUGAGCGUCUGCAGCUCUCUCUUUAACAUUGAUGGCUGCUUCAUCACAGCAGACAGGAACUUCUACAAUAAGUCUGAUGGGGUCGUCAUCCAUCACCGGGACAUCAGCACUGACCUGUCCAAUCUGCCGCCGCUGCAGCGACCGUCGUUCCAGAAGUGGAUAUGGAUGAACUUUGAGUCGCCGUCACAUUCGUCCCAGCUGCCUGGGAUAGAGAACCUGUUCAAUCUGACUCUCAAUUACCGUCAGGAUGCUGACAUUGAAGUGCCUUAUGGGUCCAUCGUAGCAGCAGAAGGGGAAGAGGAUUUUGUACCACCCAGCAAAAACAAGCUGAUCUGCUGGAUUGUAAGCAACUGGAACCAGGAUCACGUGCGGGUGAAAUAUUACAAUGAACUCUACAAACACAUUGAGGUUCAUGCAUAUGGACAGGCCUUUGGGGAGUACAUCUCUGACCAAGACUACUUCCCCACCAUCGCCAGCUGCAAGUUCUAUCUGGCGUUUGAGAACUCCAUCCACAAAGAUUACAUUACUGAGAAACUGUACAACCCGCUCUCAGUGGGGACAGUGCCAGUGGUUCUCGGCCCACCCAGGCAGAAUUACGAGAACUUUAUCCAGGGAGACGCCUUCAUUCAUGUUGACGACUUCAGCUCGCCCAAGGAAUUGGCUGAUUACCUGCUGCUCCUGGACAAAAAUGAGGAAAUGUACCUCAGGUACUUUGAGUGGCGGCGACACUUUAAAGUAAAGAAGGCCUAUUUUUGGGCAGAGCACACAUGCCUGGCUUGUGAUUACUUGCGAAGGCACAAGGAAUACAAGGCAUUCAAUAACCUUGAUAAGUGGUACUGGGGCGGUUAGAGAUUUGAAGGGCUGUGUGUGAGGGACUAAGCAGCCAAGGCAUAGAGGACACAGGAAAAAAAUGUCUUCAAGAAGGGUUUUCUUUAUUUUAACCCUCAAAAAGUUAAAAAAAACAAAAGAGACAAAAUUCAAAAACAUAACUAGCAGGCCCAUAAAGGAGGUCAACUAAAUAUAACUCUACAAAAAGUAAUUUUCAAAAGCUUAAACAAACAAAGUGGACACAACUCACAAACUGACCUAAUUACAAAGGUCGUGAUUGUGAAUGAUUUAUAGUGGUUUGGCCAAACCAUUUACACACAAUAGGGGGGAAACAAAAACACACACUAAUAUUAACUAAGCACAGAAUAACCUAAGUAAACAUAAAACACUCCUGUUCCUGAUAAGCACAUGAUUGGUCAUUCUGAGCAGGCCUUUUGUUCUCAGAGUCCUCAGCCACAGCCACCGCCCAAACCCAGGUAACUCAAAGAAAGAGAAACAUAAUUAAUAUAACAGAAAACAUUUUUAGAAAAACCACACAAUGCUAUUAUGCGUGCGCCUCAUAAUAUCAGUGUUAGGUUUAACCAAAUGAUUAGUGAAUUAUAUUAAUGAAGAAAACUGCAAAACAAACUAAUAAAGUGAACAAAUGGACUGAUUUACCCAUGUGUGGCUGAUGCCAUCACACUCUGUGAUUCUUGUUAUGUUGUUGAAGGCAGUACUUUAAGACUUUUGUCCUUCGGUUAACACAAAGGUUCACUGCUGUUCUGUCGCGAGCAGCUGAAUGGUGUCUUUCUAUUGGUUCAGAGGCCCAGUGAGACAUCUAGCUUGCUCUUGUUUUGUCCUUUGAAUUUUAGUUAAGCCUUACUUUGCCUUUUGAGUUAUUAAUUUAUAAUUUUUUAUUUAUUUUUUAUGAUUUACAAAUGCACAUUUUUUUAAUUAUUUCUGACCAUGUUUUACUUAACAUAACCUCAUCUGCUGCUACUUUUUUAAUGAUUUUGUCCUAUUUUUUAGUGUGAUUGCAUGAUUGUAUAAAGGUUCCUGUGCAUCUGAUAACAUUCAUGAUGCAAGUUUUGUUUUUUUUGUUUUUUAUUAUGACCUGCUCAUGAAGUGGCAAAAGCUGACAUUGGGGAAAGUGUUAGCUGGAGAAGAGGGGCUGACAUAAAAGUGAAAAUAUUUAUGUAAUAUUUAUUCAAAUGAGGCAUUAUAUGAUAAAAAACAAUCUCAUCUGUGCUAGUGAUGAAUUCACCUAUGCAUUGUUUACUAAACUCCAAUGUGAAAAUGGUUCAAUAGGGUCAUGUACAUAUUGUGUAUUUUUGGAAUUAUGUAGCUGUAAUUUUUUUUCCAUAUUUUUAUAAGUUUGCAUUUGCACUGCUAAUCAAACUGUUAGCUAUUUUCACAUACUUACACUAAGGCAGAUGGUCAAUAUGUAUUUGUAGAUUGGAUUUAGCGAUCUUUACCUUGGUAUCCGACAGAAGAUAUCACUGUUAUGUGAGAGGGAGGUUGCUAAGUAAUAUUGCUGUGAAUUGUUCAUUGUCCUUUGUAAUUUUGUCACGGUGUUUUGGAUACCAUGUGGAUGAUGAUGAUAACACAGCACAGAGCCAUUGUACUGCAAUAUGAAACUCCCACGCACACCUCCUCACAUUGCAUUUUAAUUUGGAAAGUCUGUCAUUUUUGACUGACUGCAUUACGCAGAAAGAGCACAAAAUGAGCACGUAGUAUAAGCAUUUGCUUAAGCUCUUUACUUAGGUGCUGUGCUCUCAUCACACAUUAUGACUUAAGAUAUAUAAAAAAAUGUCAACCAAGAUAAAAUGAAAUUGGCUCCAUGUGAAGAAAACAGUGAAAGAUGUGAUCUUCAUGGUUGCUGCAAGGUUACCCGUAUUUUUGUAUGAAUCAUCAUACCUCAGUGCUGUCUGGGAGCGAGUGUUUCCAUGUGAUUCUGAUUCUUUUAGCACUGCACCACACCCUUGAGACCACACUACAAAAAGACAGCUCGGUAUCUGCAUAUAUCGCAGAUAUUGCAUCACAUUCAGAUGUCGUCGCAACAGCUAAUUCACUGAACAAUGCAUUGCAACAGCACUCAGCAGCUAUUAACAGAGAUUUAUGUUUUUUACAGAAAGUACUGUACAAAUUCUUGUCAACAUUUUAUGCAAGAUGAGCUUCUGUGUCAAAGUAUCGAAACAGUGAGGUUGUCAGAUUAACAUUUCUUCAAUUUCAAAGGGACCAGUGAUGUAAAAUAGGAUGAAACCAAUUAUUUUCUUAUGGAUUACGGUUCCAAAUGCCAUAGUGGACUCUGUAUAUAAACACUGUAGUGAAUUGAAGCAGGAAUUGGAUCAAACCAGCCCAAAACACAGAUCAUUCCUUUAUGUCUAGCAGACAGCGGGAACUCCAGCAGCAUUGUAUAUAUUUUUCAUGGUAAAUCUCUUUAUAUCAUGCAGUUGUUGUCUGGAAGUGACUGUGACUGCGCUGUACAUUUGUAAGUAAUGCCCGGUGCUUUGAGUGGCUGUGAAUUAAGUUAAAGGGAGAGACACUUGAAAAAGAAUUAAGAGCAUCUGAAAUGAUGCUUUUAACGGUUUUGAGGUGGACAUUUUCAUCAAGGGAGGCACUUUUACAUUUGAGGAGUGAUUUUCUUUUUCUUUGUUUGUAUUUGGUGGCAAUCCUGUUGGCAUGACCUAAAUGAAAAAGUUGUGCCAAAAUGCAGCAGAAAUACAGCACUUUUAUUCAUGUCGAGUAGUGUGACUCACUGUGCCAGUGGUCGUCUUAGAUGAAGCUAUUGUGAGUUUAUAAACUGUCCUCCAAGACCUUGGCACGUCCCACAGGAUAACUAUGAAACUGCCAGUCAUGGUUUCAUAUUGUACAGUCCAAUCUCAUGUAUGAAAACAAAGCUUUCUUGUCCAAUGUGGUUGGUGACUUUAAGAAAAAAAGGUUUUGUUUUCUUCAUUUUAUCUUUUUGGGCAGCAUCAGUCUUCUUUAUUUUAUCUUUUUUUUUUUUUUUUUUUUUGCACAAAAACAAAGAGAAGGAGCUGCGGCUUCUCUGUUGUCCAGUUUGAAUCUGUGAGAGGUUCACUGAUGCACCCAGAAGUGAUUCUCUGGAUGCUGUAUGACCGGGUAUCCCUAAAAAAUGUCAUUUGAUGCCAGUUCACUGAAAUAAUCUGUCAAUCAAUCAAUCAAUACUUUUUUUUUUGCCAAAUCACUGUAUUUUGCCAAAUGUUGUGUUUUACUGUAUAUGUCUGAUAGUGUCAAAAUGAAAAUAAAGAUAUGGACAAAUGAGCAAACCUUUGUAAA